UCUCUGCAAGUGUUACAGUUUGUAAACAGAAGGUCUUCUGGAGAAACCGGAAAAGCACAGGCAAGAGACGCAGAGGACGUCCAUGCCCCCUUCCCUGGACAACCUAACUUGGUUUCAGUACGAUUCCUGCUGCUUUGAAGAGGACAUCAGCCGGCACACGCGUGGACCGGAGAGAGGGCCUCGCCGCAGAGCUGAGACCGCGUCUCCGGGCAAGAGGACCAAGGGGACCGGUCCCCCGGAGAAGCAGCUGCUCGCUGACCUGCAGCUGGCCUGGCCCCGCGAGAGAGCCCUUCAGGAAAUACAAAGAAAGAGAGGACAUGUUACAUGGGGAACCGGCUUGGAGCUGGCUGGCUCUGACCAUCAGUGUGCUUCUGGGUUCGAAGCCCUCAGCCUGCAGCAGCCCAUCUGGUUCCCGUCCUAACAUCCUUCUUCUGAUGGCGGACGAUCUCGGCAUUGGAGAUGUUGGUUGCUAUGGCAACAACACCAUAAGGACUCCAAACAUCGACAGGCUGGCCGCAGAUGGCGUGAUGCUAACCCAGCACAUCGCUGCCGCGUCCGUGUGCACCCCCAGCAGAGCUGCUUUCCUGACGGGAAGGUACCCUGUCCGAUCAGGUAUGGUUUCCAGUAACGGUUACCGCGUGCUUCAGUGGACGGGAGUGUCUGGAGGCCUUCCACGAAAUGAAACAACUUUUGCAAAAAUACUGAAAGAUAAAGGCUACGCUACGGGACUCAUAGGAAAAUGGCAUCUGGGUCUCAACUGUGAAUCGUCCGAUGACCACUGCCACCACCCGCUGAACCAUGGCUUUGACCAUUUCUACGGGAUGCUGUUUUCCAUGAUGGGUGACUGUGACCACUGGGAAUUAUCCGAAAAGCGUGUCGGCUUGCAGCACAAACUCAACGUCUGCUCCCACGUCAUGGUCUUGGCCGCCCUUACGCUCACCGUGGGGAAACUCACCCGCCUGGUACCGGGCUCCUGGACUCCGGUCAUCUGGUCAAGCGUCCUGGCCCUCUUGUUGUUCACCACCUCCUGUUUCACGGGUGCCCUGCUCGUUCACGCGGACUGUUUUCUGAUGCGAAAUCACUCCAUCACGGAGCAGCCCAUGCGCUUUGAAAGGACGACGUCUCUGAUGCUCAAGGAGGUCUCGUCCUUCAUCAAAAGAAACAAGCAAGGACCCUUCCUCCUCUUCGUGUCGUUUCUACACGUCCACACCCCUCUUAUCACGACGGAGAACUUCCGAGGGAGGAGUCCCCACGGGCUGUACGGGGACAACACGGAAGAGAUGGAUUGGAUGGUGGGGCAGAUCCUUGGUACUUUGGACACGGAAGGUUUGACCAACAGCACCCUCGUUUAUUUUACGUCGGAUCACGGGGGGUCCUUAGAGGCUCAGUUUGGACACAACCAGUAUGGUGGCUGGAAUGGGGUAUAUAAAGGCGGCAAAGGCAUGGGCGGUUGGGAAGGCGGGAUCCGUGUCCCGGGGAUCCUGCGGUGGCCUGGGGUGCUGCCCGCCGGCCGCGUGAUCCACGAGCCCACCAGCCUCAUGGACGUCUUCCCGACCGUGGUCCAGCUGGGGGGCGGCCAGGUGCCCCAGGACAGGGUGAUCGACGGCCGAGACCUGCUGCCCUUGCUCCUGGGGACCGCCCGGCACUCGGACCACGAGUUCCUGGUGCACUACUGCGAACACUUCGUGCACGCGGCCCGGUGGCACCAGCGGGACAGAGGGGCCGUGUGGAAAGUGCACUACGUGACCCCGGUGUUCCACCCGGACGGAGCCGGCGCCUGCUACGGCAGAGGGGUCUGCCCGUGUUCUGGGGACAGGGUGAGCCUGCACGACCCGCCGUUGCUGUUCGACCUCUCGAGGGACCCUUCCGAGGCCCACGCCCUCACGCCGGACACGGAGCCCUCGUUCCAUCGGGUGAUGGAGACGGUCGCCAAGGCCGUGGAGGACCACCGCCGGACGCUCAGCCUGGUUCCGCUGCAGCUGGACGCGUGGGACAACAUCUGGAAGCCCUGGCUCCAGCCCUGCUGUGGUCACUUCCCCCUCUGCUGGUGUGAUCGGGAAGGUGGCCUAUGA